AUGCUUACAUUAGAUAGUUAUCACGUCAUGAUUGUCUCGAGAUAUUUUAAGAUAAUUAAAGACUUUGUUAACUUGGAGUUUGUAUGCAAAAAGUAUAAUGGUAAUAUGGAUAAGUUUCAUUAUAAUCCAAUUCCUUUGACUAACGUAACAAUAAAACAUUUCCCUCAAAUAGAGACACUUCAUAUAUGGAAUUUAGAAGAGGAAAAUUUUGGAAAUGAAUUACUUGUCUAUAACACACCUUAUAAUCCAGAUAUCAACAAAAGAAAUGCUGUUUUUACAAAAAUGUUCUACCAAAUUGUCGUGUGGUUUAAUGUCGAUUAUACCACUGUUUAUAAUAAUAAUGAACGAAAUAUUAAAUUUGUGAAUGUAACGUAUACAAAUAACGAUAGAAAAUUACAUGGUAAUAACAUUCCUGUUAGUAUCACAUCGAUUGAUGACGAAUGUUUUAAGAAUUGUGCCGAUAUGAUUAGUAUAAAUAUACCUACAUCUGUCAGAUCAAUUGGAUCUUCUUGUUUCAAAGGUUGUCAUAAUUUAAGUAAAAUAACUAUACCAUUAAAUGUGACAUCAUUUGGAAUUAGUUGUUUUAAUGAAUGUAUUAAUCUAAAAAAUAUUAAUAUACCACCAUAUAUUAUAUCACUUGGUUAUCAGUGUUUUUGUAAUUGUAACACUUUGAGUAGUAUAACAAUACCAUCGCUGGUUAAUGUGAUUUCCGUUUACUGUUUUAAUCAAUGCAGCGAAUUGAAAAAUGUUUUAAUCCCAUCAAAUGUUAAAUCAAUUGGUGAUGGUUGUUUUGGUGGAUGUACAAGUUUAAAAAAUGUGGACAUACCAUCAAGUGUCACUGAAAUUGGAAAUGAAUGUUUUAAUAAUUGUGUAAAUCUGAGUUCUGUGAUUGUUUCACAAAGCAUUAAACGAAUUAAUAAGAACUGUUUUUUCGAUUGUAAAAAUUUACAAUAUGUCAAUAUUCCUUUGGGUGUCACAAAAAUUAAGGAUUUUAGUUUUAAUGGUUGUAGUCGUCUAAGCUCUUUAAAUAUACCAAUAACUGUUUUAUCAAUCGGUGAUGGCUGUUUUAGUAAAUGUAUAAACCUGGAUCAAAUAAGAAUCCCAUCAUCUGUUAUUUUAAUUGGCCAAUAUUGUUUCAGUAAUUGUGAUAAAUUGAGUAGUGUAAACAUUUCAUCAAGUGUUACAACAAUUAAAGACGGCUGUUUCAGUGAAUGUUUUAAUCUAAAAAAUGUUACUAUACCACAAAACGUUGUUUCAAUUGGUAAUUAUAGUUUCAGUGGAUGUUGUAAAUUAAGCAAUAUAAUAGUACCAUUCAAAGUAGAAUCAAUUGGUGAUUAUUGUUUCAGUAGAUGUAGCAGUUUGAGUAGUGUUAUAAUAUCAUCAAAUGUGAAAUCAAUUGGUUAUUGUUGUUUUUCUGGGUGUAUUUGUUUGAGCAGUGUUACAAUACCAUCAAACAUUAUAACAACAGGCAAAUAUUGUUUUCCUUCAGACACCAUAGUUCAUACAACAAAGUAA